UAAAAAUAUUAAGAUUCCAACAAGAGUUCACUAAUUUGAAAAUGAAUUAUAUUUAAAAAGUGUUCAUAAAUUUAAAAAUGUUCCUGAUUUUAGAAAACAAUCGACAUUUUAAAAAAUAUUCACAAAUCUAAAAAUUGGUCCCGUGUUUCAAAAACAAAUUAUGAAUUUUUAAAAAUAUUCUGAAUUUUAUAAAUUGUUCACAAAUUCGAAAUUAUCACUAGUUUCAAAACUAUUUUUUCAACUCAAAAAAUGGUCGCAACCUCCUAAAAUUUAAAGACAGUGUCAGAAGCAUGCCGAGAAAGAGCGUUCGAUAACCAUCUCGUUACAUCCUGUUACAUGUAGUCCAUAGGAUCCAGGUCAUCGCCUCAAACCCUAGCAAAAAUGGCGCCUCCUCCUGCCAGUACGGUCGGCGUGACAAUGACCACCAAGAGUCAGGACAUCAACAGCUGAUCGAUGAACUCUAUGAACAAUUUACGAGUACCUUGACAAGCUGCCGCUGCUGUGCCAGCAUCAAUAUAGUAUGCAGCUCCCAAUUUCUGGGAUUGUUAAAUCCAUCACGACUAUUUUUAGUAAAAGAAUUUGAACGGGGGGACGGCGGCAAUCAUGCACUCGUUCAUCAAACACAGUUUACAGAGAGGAUAUGAUCAGCCAGGUGGAUUUCGUGGAAAAAUGUGGAGCGAGUCAGUAAUCCAACCAUCCAGAGAGACGAGAAAGACAAGCGAUCUGGGCGAUGGAAUCCACGGAGGAGAGAGGCGGAGGCCGCUUUGAUGUGAUCCUCUCCUCGGCGUGGCCGGCCAUCCGCGCCACCGCUGACAUGACAUAUGGAGGCCCGUCGGUUGUCGCUGUCCUGUCGCCAUUGCCGUGCCGUCCCUCCCUUGCUCUUUCUACUCUCCCAUCUCCCGACCAUCUCCGGUCUCCUAUACAAGCCCACCCCAGCCAGUAAUCUCCAGCGCCACCAGCCACCAUGGGAGAAGCACAAGUAGUAGCGGCGGCGGCCACCAUGGGAGAAGAUGCCCAGAGGAAGGGAGCGGCGAUGGUGGUGGUGCCUGCGCCGCGGCCGCGCAAGGGGGUGGCGUCCUGGGCGGUCGACCUGCUCGAGCGGCUCGCCGUCCGCCUCCGCCACGACGACGAGAAGGCCGAGCCGCUCCCAUGGCUCUCCGGCAACUUCGCCCCCGUGCCCGACGAGACCCCGCCCGCCGCCGGCCUAUCCGUCCGGGGACACCUCCCGAAGUGCUUGAAUGGAGAAUUUGUCAGGGUGGGGCCUAACCCCAAGUUUGCCCCUGUUGCAGGGUAUCAUUGGUUUGAUGGGGAUGGAAUGAUCCAUGCAAUGCGUAUUAAAGAUGGAAAAGCUACAUAUGUAUCAAGAUACGUGAAGACUUCUCGCCUCGAGCAGGAAGAGUAUUUUGGUGGAGCAAAGUUUACCAAGAUUGGAGAUCUAAAGGGUGUUUUUGGAUUGUUUAUGGUUCUAACGCAAGAACUCAGGAAGAAACUUAAAGUCUUAGAUGUUACUUACGGAUUUGGAACAGCUAAUACUGCGCUUAUAUAUCAUCAUGGCAAACUCAUGGCCCUAUCAGAAUCAGAUAAACCUUAUGUUGUUAAGAUCCUUGAAGAUGGAGACUUGCAAACUCUUGGGUUGUUGGAUUAUGACAAAAGGUUGAAGCAUCCUUUCACCGCUCAUCCAAAGGUUGAUCCAUUUACAGAUGAAAUGUUCACCUUUGGUUACUCGCAUGAACCUCCAUAUUGUACAUAUCGGGUCAUCACUAAGGGUGGAAUUAUGCUUGACCCUGUGCCAAUAACAAUACCGGAAUCUGUAAUGAUGCAUGACUUUGCCAUUACAGAGAACUAUUCAAUAUUUAUGGACUUGCCAAUGUUUUUUCGACCAAAGGAAAUGGCGAAGAAUGGUGAAUUUAUCUACAAGUUUGAUCCUACAAAGAACGCUCGGUUUGGUAUACUCCAACGCUAUGAAAAGGACGAAAAAACCAUCAGAUGGUUUGAACUCCCCAAUUGCUUCAUAUUCCACAAUGCGAACGCCUGGGAAGAGGGUGACGAAGUUAUUCUGAUUACAUGUCGUCUCAACAACCUAGAUUUGGACCAAGUGAAUGGUCACCAAAGUGACAAGCUUGAGGAUCCCGGGAAUGAGUUGUACGAGAUGCGAUUCAACAUGAAAACAGGUGCUGCUUCGCAGAAACAACUAUCAGUAUCUGCCAUAGACUUUCCUCGAAUCAAUGAGAGUUAUACUGGCAGAAAGCAGCGGUACGUCUACUGCACGAUACUUGAGAGCACAGUGAAGGUGACUGGCAUCUUAAAAAUGACUGGCAUCAUAAAAUUUGACCUACACGCGGAGCCAGAGAGCGACAAGGAGCAGCUUGAAGUUGGAGGGAAUGUGAGGGGCAUAUAUGACCUGGGGCCUGGUAGGUUUUGUUCUGAGGCGGUCUUUGUGCCCAAGGAGCCUAGUGUUUUAGGGGAAGAAGAUGAUGGGUACUUGAUAUUCUUUGUGCACGAUGAAAACACAGGGAAAUCCGAAAUAAAUGUGAUUGAUGCCAAGACGAUGUCUGCUGAUCCAGUGGCGGUUGUUGAGCUGCCGAGCCGGGUUCCUUAUGGAUUCCAUGCCUUCUUUGUCAAUGAGGAACAACUAGGACAUCAAGUAGAGCGGUGAAGAGUGAUAAAAAAGAAGCAUUAGAUGAAGUUUUUUUUGUUGUAAUGGUGUGCCCGAUGUAUGUAUCUUUUUGUGUGCCAGAUCAACAGGCUGUGAAGGGUUUCACUUAGUGUUUUGCCAAUUAACUGGGCAAAUAUCUACUUCUUAUUUGGUGAAAAUGGCAAGUAUUUUGCCUUUUUUAAAAAUAUAUAAAGGAAAGUAGCAUGUUCUACAUGUCGUAGAAAUAAAGGAAAGUAGCAUAAAUAUACAUUAACAUAUAGGAGUAAUUAGUGUAG